UUUUUAGUAAUUUUUGAAGUAAAAGAUUAUAAAAUAUUUAUGUUCAUACAUUCCUGCAGGAACUAAAAAAAAUUUGAUUAAUUUAUUACAAUUUGUGUUAUAAUGGAUUAAAUUUAUAGACCCAGACAAAAAUAUACAAGUACAAGACAAGAGUUUGAAGAUCUUGGUGGGUAUAGAUGUUCAAAGUCAGCCUUGGAAUACCUGUUCAAACUUUCAACUCUUAGACCUCUUCUUUACCAGUAGAAAAUGGCUGCAGUUCAAGCUUCAAGUCUUUUGCUUCCAUUGAAUUCUCAGAGAAGGAUCAUUGUUGGUGCUUCCACUAAUGCACCAAGAGUCAAGAUCAGACCACUCUCCUUUCCGAAAUUCCCAAGCACCAGAGACCUGUCUGAUGAAUUGUUUAAGAGAAGUCAAUACAAGAUUCCAACCACCACUGUCCAUAAUCUUGACAAUCGCAGCUUGGUUUCUGGCAUCAAUGGCUCUCCCCUUGAUCCUGUUUUGAUUUCUAAGCUUUGUGCAGUCUUGGAAGCAGUGGCAGAUAGAAUAGAGAUGCACGAAAAUGUGGGUGUGCAGCGUGAUAAUUGGAAUCAUCUCAUGUUAACUUCCAUCAAUGGAAUGACUCUUACUGCGUCAACAAUGGCAGCACUUGCAGCUGCUGCAGCAGGAGGUGACAGCUCCUCUCUGGCUCUCAAGAUUGCUUCUGUGUCACUUUAUUUAGGAGCAACUUUCUUGUUGAUGAUCGUGAACAAAAUCCAGCCAUCACAGCUCGGGGAAGAACAAAGAAACGCUGCUAGAUUGUUCAAGCAACUCCACAGGCAGAUCGAAUCAAGAUUGAAACUUGGUGUGGUUAGUUUAGAUGAUGUGAGUGAAGCAAUGGAGAACGUUUUGGCACUUGACAAAGCAUACCCACUUCCGUUACUGGGUUCCAUGCUUGAAAAAUUCCCUUCCGUCGUUGAGCCUGCAACUUGGUGGCCAUUGAGAAAACACGAAAGAGGAAAUGAAACGAAAAUUGGGAACGUGAAUCGGAAAACCGGGAAUGGAUGGAAUAGGAAGUUGGAGGAGGAGAUGAGAGGGAUUGUUGGGACUUUGAGAAGAAAAGACAUGGAUGAAUACUUGAGGUUGAGCAAAAAAGCUUUGAAGCUCAACAAAAUGUUGGCAAUUUCAGGUCCAUUGUUGACCACCCUCGCAGCUUUAGGGUCUGGUUUUGUGGGAACAAGUCAAGGUGGUUCAUGGGCAGCCAUGGUUGCGAUUGUUGCAGGUGUUCUUUCAACCUUGGUGAAUACAAUUGAGCAUGGAGGUCAAGUGGGGAUGGUGUUUGAAAUGUACAGAAACAAUGCUGGUUAUUUUAAGCUCAUGGAAGAGAUUUUAGAGGCAAAUAUCAACGAAGAAGAUGUUAGUAGAAGAGAGAAUGGAGAUGUUCUUGAACUGAAAGUAGCAUUACAGUUAGGCAGGAGCCUAUCAGAACUCAAGCAGCUUGCAACAUCAUCAUCUUCUUCAACAAAUGGAGAUGAUCGGAGUCACGCCGAAGAGUUCGCCAGCAAGAUCUUCUGAUAUUGAUAGCUCUCGAUCGGAUUAUCCCGAAAA